ACCCCAGGGAGCGGGGAUGUGGCAGGGUGGCCAUGUCCCCGGGAUGGGCUCGGCUGCCAGGGGAAUUUGGUGGCUGUGCUGGGAGUGGGGGUGGCAGGGUGUCCCUGUCCCAGGUGGAUCUGGUGGGAGCACUUCGGUCGGUCAGCGCUGAGGGAAAUGCCCCGAGGACUUCAGUCACAGGAUGUUUUGUGGCUCAGCUCUUGGCAAGGUGAUUUCUCUGGCCAGCUUUUAGCUUAUUUGAGUCUUGGUCCAAUAUUCAUUAUUGUUGGCUUUGUAACACUCAUCAUAUUCAAGAGAGAGCUUCACACGAUCUCUUUCUUGGGAGGGCUGGUGUUCAACGAGGGAGUGAACUGGUUAAUAAAAAAUGUAAUCCGAGAGCCUCGGCCGUGUGAAGAAGCCCAUUCAACAGUGACCACAAAAUAUGGGAUGCCGUCCAGCCACUCCCAAUUCAUGUGGUUUUUCUCUGUCUAUUCCUUUCUGUUCCUUUAUUUAAGAAUGCACCAAACAAACAAUGCAAGGUUUCUGGAUUUACUAUGGCGACAUGUGCUGUCCAUCUGCCUCGUCACAGUGGCUUUGCUAGUCUCAUAUAGUAGGGUUUAUUUGCUUUACCACACCUGGAGCCAAGUCCUAUAUGGAGGUGUGGCAGGAAGCAUCAUGGCCAUAGCCUGGUUUGCCUUCACACAGGAGAUCCUAACUCCCCUCUUCCCGAGGAUAGCUGCGUGGCCAAUUUCAGAGUUCUUUUUAAUCCGAGAUACCAGCCUCAUUCCUAACAUCCUGUGGUUUGAAUACACAGUCACGAGAGCAGAAGCAAGGAACAGACAGCGCAAGCUGGGUACGAAGCUCCAGUGACCGGGAACGUGGGGACCAGGGCACGUUUUAACGGAGACAGACAAGAGCAGAGACCUGGGAACAGCAAGGAGCCUUUUAACAGACGGACCAAAGGAACAGGCAGGGACCAUACCCAAAACCUGAAAGCCUUUGCUCUGCUUUAGCAGCUAAGCUGGAUGCUCCCUGAUGCAUGUGGGACCGUGCAGGAGUAGAAACUCGUUUUGAACACAGAUGCACAUGGUUGGAUGUACCAUCGUGUCUACGUCAGGGGAGGGGGGAGAAAAUGCCUGGUGUCGUGUUCGGGGGAGGGAAAACCAAAAACGAAUCCUUUCUGUGACUUUUUUUUUCAGCAUGAAAUAUACACACUAUUUAUUUAUUUUUUUAAAUGGAACUAUUGUUUAUGGGGUGGGUGAGGUGAUUGUGUGUUUUUUCUUUUUUUUUUCCCUUUUUUUUAUUGUUCAGGUUUUUCUUUUUUGGAAGAAGAUGACAAAACUAAUCUCAAGUUGGUCAUGUUUAAUUAGGGCUUUUAAUUCUUACAUGCUUCUUAGGAGGGAGGGGAUCUAGGAGGGGUGACAGAAUGGAGAGGAAGACUUUCCUUUCUACAGUCAGUUUGGGAGAUCAAAAUCAAUUCCAGCUGUACUUCGGAACCAAGUACAAAAAGAAAGACAGACUAUAAAGAUCUGAUUUUUAACACUAGUGACAAUUCUGCAGGGAAGCCUGCAUGGAUACCACUUAAGGGGAGUGUGUGUGUAAAACAAAGGAAAACCACAAAUAUACUGACUCUUAAUUUUUUUUUCCACUGCUGCUCCUGUUGUGUAAUUAGCAAGAGCGUCCUUUUCAGACUCUGUUCUAAGUGGCAAGAUUAUCAUACAUAUCUCACAUUUAUUCCAUCUCUUCCUUUAUACUUUUAUUAUCUCAGGGUUGCUGUGAUCUGUACAGCUUUUGUUGUACUGAGUGUGCAGAGGGCACUGGGAAGCCUGUUGGUUUUAAGCAGUGCUGUCCUCCAGUAAGAGUCAGCCCAAAGCCUUACAAAAUUCAGUUGCUGGUCUCUGUCUUAAGCACUGGAUUUUUUUAUUUUUUGUUUCUGUUAAGUUAGGGAGGGAUUUUUAAGAAUGAACACAGUGACAACCAGAAAUGAACAACAAGGCAAAUUACUAAUAACUAGCUCAGCUGCUUUCUGAAUUAUUCCUUGAAGAGUCCUGUUAGACUCCAUCCAUGAACUCCAAGUAGGGAACUUGUCCUAGCAGAGGCUCCUGCCAGUUAUCACAGUAGCUUGGCUGGGGUUCUGCAGCUGUAACCUUGAAUGCUGAACUCCUACAAGCAAGUUUUGCUUUCCAUCCUUCUUCCAUUCCGGUUCUCCGUCUGGCCAGUGGCGCUCUGGAUGCUGUGUCUCUGUGGGAGUGUGCCUGCCAUCUCUGUGUGCUGGUGAUGCCUAUGACCUCUGUGAUCCAUGAGUUGACCUGGCAAGGGCUAUACUCAAAGUGCUUCAGGGCUGUGCAUGGACACUUUCUGUAUUUCUAGUAUAUAAUGCAGCAGUUCAAGUGUAACUACACAGAAGUAUUUAUUCAAAGCACAAUUGACUUGAACUUUCACAGAUAAAGGACAGCUUCUGAACUGGCUCAAAGGUCAUCGGUGUGCCUUCGAUGCAGUCAUGAGCAGAGGUAAAAUGACUGUCACAUCUCAGUCUUGCUGCCUGUUUUACUAUCUCCACUUUAAUCAGACUCCUACGUUAUAAAGCUGCUUGAAGUGAGAUUUUUUUUUUCUGUUCAUCCUGGUUAUUUUUUUUUUUUAAGUUUUCAUUUGUGCCUGUUGCUAUAGGAGUUUGUGUGUUUGUGUGGAGUGGAAGCUGCUGUUGGACACCCAGAGUGUUAACUGUAGAAAGUGAUCCUGAUCCAGGAGAUCAGGAAUGAAGGCUGUUUAAAUUUCUGUGUUUAAAUAGCUAUGGGUAGCAAAUUAACUGUUUUCAGUUGGUACAGCAAGUAUAUAUAUAUAUACAUAUAUAUACACACAUUUUUUUAAGAACUGUUUAGUACUUGCAUCACAUAAACAAUCCUGUAACAUCUGAAGGACCCAAGCACUGGAUCUGCUUUGAAGGUGCAUCAUAAUAAAGAGGCAUCUUGCAGCUUUCACAAGGACAUCUGAUCUGCCUUAGACCAGCUCUGUUGGGAUGGGACAGGACAUCAGAUAGGUCCCCUGACAUGUGGUACCAUAUGUUUCAGUUUGAAAACUGGUACUUAAGUCUUGCAAAACCAUUCAUUUUCUCUUUAUAUCUCUUGUAAGUGAACUUACAAAGCCAGAACAGAGAUCACACCUCUCUUCCCCUGCUGAAGGAAUGGAUUGUUUCAGGAGUGGCUUGGCACUUCCUCAGCCUCUCGAGCUGUUAUGACAGACUGCUGGAAAAAAUAAAUAUGGAAGCACCUAUUGAGCAUAGGGAAGAGGGCUCAUCUCCUCAUGGAGAACAGUGCAGUGUAAAAGGCUGUUCCACUUCAUGUUGCCUUCAAACCCAAGCUUCCUUCCUAAGAAUUUCUAGUAAUUCUUAGGAGUGAAGGAGAGGAAGAAGAGGUCUUGUAAGACACUGUAAUAAACUCUCCUCUAUUCUCUG